AUGAAUGCUGCUGAAGAUGAUGAUUAUCAAUCGAUAGGAUCAGAACUGCCUCUCGAUGAAGAGACAUCUUCGGUCUCACCUCAUAAUGAUGAUCAAGCGACUGUCGUCGUAAAAGAUAGUGAAAUUAACGGCCAACAAUCCAACCUUACGAUGCUAUAUGACGAAGUACCUGUGUCAGAACUAUCUGAACACGAUUAUGAAAUACACAAGAUUAAUUUGAUACAACCAACUGAAACUGUUCCACUUGGUUUUAAACUGAGCAAGCAAACGGAUACGUUGCAAUGUAUCGUAUCAUGUAUCGAUCGCAACUCAAAAGCUGAACAGGCCGGUCUUCAAGUCGGUGACUGGUUGAUUGAAAUCGAUGGCAAAGAUAUCCGUUCAACCGAAUUUUCCAAUAUUUCGCAGCUGAUUCGUGAAAAACUGAAUGCCAAUGUCUCGAUUGAUAUUCUCGUUGCACGUAAAAAGUCUCACUUACCGCUUUCAGUUACCAACGACGAUCAACGACCAUCGACUGUAACCGCUUAUGACAUGCCGAAGCAAGCGAACGUUCUUCUAUCUGUUGGCUUGUCAAAUAAAAUCGAAGAAAAACCCGCGGAUAAUGCUGUUGCUCCAUUGCAUGACACGGACAAAGAAUCAAUUCGUCACAUAGUUUUAAACGACGCGUUCGAUAUAGAUUUCUGUUCCUUUGCGCCUGACAAAAACAGCCCUUUAAAAAUUCACGCUAUAAACAACAUUCGACCGUUAUCACCAGCAUAUCGAGCUGGCCUAAGAAAUGGCGAUCAAAUUUUAACCAUCAAUGAUGUUGCUGUGGCAAAUACCAAUCAUAAAACUGUCCGACAUUGGUUGCUAGAAAAAUCACCUGUAUAUUUAACAGUCAUCAAUGAUCCGAAUUAUCUGGAUUUUAUUGAAAAUGUUAAAAGUAGUCAAAAUCGAAUUUCCUUAUCGCGACAGUCGUCAGCCUAUGAAGCAAUCGAAGAGCAGCCACCACCUGAUGUUAUCUCCGACGACCUAAUCAAUGUUCUUUUCAUCGAUGAUCAAGGGCCAGUUUACAUGAAACAUUGUAUUUUGAAAAAAGAACCAACACAUCAAUCUUUAGGCUUUGCCGUGCGUGAUAUCGAUGAUCUUCAUGUGAUAAGUAAUGUAGACAAUACAAUGUCAGCUUAUAAUUAUGGCAUACGAGAUGAAGAUGUGAUACUCUAUGUUAAUAGACAAAAUGUCGAGCAAAUGACUCACGAUGAUGUGAAGAUACUUAUUCGAAAAUUUUCGAUUUCCAAUGAAUUCUUUCAUUUAAUAUUAAUCAAGAAAGCUGAUGUACAACGGUAUAAAGAUUACGAAGGAAAAAGUUUUAUUGAUUGGAAACGUAUUCUCACUGAUAUACGAGAAGAUCAGGCUCAAGAAUUGGAACGUAAGUAUGCAAAUAUUCAAUCACUUCAACUAGCGGCUGAGUCUUCUUCAUCGUCGACUUCACGUCGUACUCGUCAUUGCAUUUUAAAACCAUCUAUGGGUAAUCCGGCUGGCUUUUCGAUCAGUGGUGAAGACAAAGGACCAUUCAUCAUUUCAAAGAUCGAUAAAGAUUCUCCUGGUGAACUGGCUGGUUUACAAAUCAAUGAUAUUCUUCUGUCUAUUGACGACAAGUCACUUCUUGGUGCCACAUACGAUGAAACAAUACAAACUAUAAAGCAAGCACUCGCGAAGCCAUCCGUAGAUAUUCUCGUUAAGCAAUCAUUGGGUGCAAAACGACGGGAAAGUAGUGAAUCAUCGUCCAGUGAUACGAGUGACGACAGUGUUGUGGGAUAUCUUCCAACUCCAGUUGCUGCAGCCCAAGUCUAUUUUAGUGGAACCAAUCCUAUACAAGCAUAUCAAUCACAGCGAACUCGAGAAUUGGCUUAUACAUUGCGUCUUUGUCAUUUACAUGCAACAAAUUCUGAUGGUUCACCAGCGCCCACAUUUGGUUUCGAUAUAACCAAAGAAGCGAAAUACGAAUAUCCAGUUAUAUCACGAAUUGACGCUCGCUCACCAGCCGAACGUGGUGGUCUACAAACACGCGAUCUGUUGCUGAAAGUCAACGAUCGCAAAACGAAAGGUGUAGAUAUAAAUAAAGUUAGACGGCAUGUCGAUAAAGCUAAACAUGACAAUCGACUAGAAUUGCUUGUUGUUGACGAAGAAGUCUACCGAUAUUGUACGUCGACGAAUCGAAAAUUCAAAGAGCCUUAUAUCAAAGUGAAACAUAUCUUUCCGAAAAAUCGCGCGAGUGCAAAUGUUGAAAGUUUGGACUCGCUUGUGGCACGCUCCAGCAAUGCAUCUGAGGACAUUGUCAAGCAAUUGAAAAGUGGCCCUGAAUUUAAAGUUCAUCGGCUGUCAAUAUCGAAGGAUAUACUCGUCGAAGAUGAAGAAAAUGCACCAAAAAUCCGACCGAAGCCAAUGAAAAAAAGUGCAUCGAUGAAAGAAGUCACAAAGCAAUCCACCAAAGACGAAUCUAUGGUUGAUUCGGUAUUGAAAUCAUUUCAUAAUUAUUUCCAUAAUUUCGACACUGAUAAAAUAUUGAAACUUGAGUACGAUGUACCUUCUCAACAGCCGACGGACCCUCAGGCAUCGGGAUUGUUAUUACCAGCAACUGUUCACGUUAAUCGGAAUCUCUCCGAAGAAAUGUCGUAUAUUUCAAGAUUGUAUCAAGCAGCUUGUUCGAAUCGUUCGAGUGGCCUAUAUGAUUAUAUUCGAGAUCCACGCCAGUGCAUUUUGAAAAUCGAUCGGACUAAAGGUCUCGGUUUUGUUCUAACUGCUACUGGUGAUUAUGAUCAUACGAUAACGUCAGUAGAAAAGAAUUCGAUAGCUGAUAUUGCUGGAUUACAAACGAACGAUGAACUCAUAGAAAUCAAUGGUAUCGACGUGCGAAACAUCAAAUAUGAAGAUGUUGUUCAAAUGCUUCUUGCAGCUAUCCAAACACAAGAUACAUUGCAAAUGUGUGUUUCGAACAGUCAUUCAAACGACUUCUAUCCAUCAACAAAAGAAACAACUCGCGAUGAUAAUACUCAUGAUACAAUCGUAUCUACAGCACACGGAACGAGUGUUCUCAGCGAUAUUAUUUCAAGUAAGAACAGUCCAGUACAUACUCCUAAACUACCAGCCACCAAUACAAGUCAUUCGGAUUUAUACGAUAAUGCACAACAUUUAACCAAUACGAUCCAUUGUGUUCGAAGCGAAAGUAUUUCACAAUUGAGCACAGGUAUUACAGCUUCUCCAAAAGAUAUUCGUUCAACGAGCACAACGUCUACUUCUUCGAAAAAACAUGCAAUAGAUAACAUACCGAAGAGAGAUGCACCUGUUGCUCGACUCUGUCGCAUUCGCAAAUUUCCUUCAUCACCUUUUUACGGAUUUUUUCUGUGUGGUAACCCAAAGCGUCUCGGACGAGUUUAUGUAUCAAACAUAAAAAAACAUUCCUCAGCUGCUAUCUGUGGGCUACGUAAUGGUGAUCGCAUAAUCGAAGUUAAUGGUGUUAAUAUUCAAACGUUAACUUACGAAACAAUUUUAAAUAAAAUCAAACUACAUUUGGAACACCGCGAUCUUGAAUUACUUGUCUUAGACAAAAAAUCUUUACGAUGGUAUCGUGAUCGGGAAUAUCCAGUCUCGUCACAGACAUUACCAACAAUCGUUCAAAUUGAACCGAUGAUUAACAAUAUCAACAUCGGAAAACAAGAAUCUAUCAUCCAGAGAAAAAUCAGUAGUUUUAUUGGUAAUAAUCCAUCAGUUUCCGAAUAG